AUGUGUCUCCUGCACGAGGACAGCGGCUCCAGCAGUCCUGGGUUUGUCCUUAAGGACAGUUUUUGCUCCAGGUUUCUGGUCGAGGACAUGACCCCCUCCUGCAGGUUCUGGGACAUGUGGCUCGGUGUGACCUCCUCUGGACUCCCGGCCCGGCCCGUUUGCGGUCAGCUGCCCCUGAGCCUCCGGCAGCGGAACCUGUGCCUCAGGAAGCCGUUCCUGGUGCCGAGCGUUCUGGACGGGGCCCGGCUCGCCGUGUCCGAGUGUCAGAACCAGUUCAGACUGGAGCGCUGGAACUGCUCCACAUCCCCGGAACCGCCAGUGUUCGGACACGAGUUGACGAGCGGAACCAAAGAAACGGCGUUCAUUUACGCCGUCAUGGCGGCAGGACUCGUCCAUGCCGUCACGCGCUCCUGCAGUCAGGGCAACAUGACGGAGUGCGGCUGCGACGCCAGGCUGCAGGGCGGCGCCGGCGGGGGGUUUUCUGCUCCGGCGCAGAGCUGGCACUGGGGGGGCUGCUCGGACCACAUCCAGUAUGGAACCUGGUUCAGCCGGAGGUUCAUGGAGAACACGGUGAAGAACAUGUCGACGAGCCGCGGCGGGUACACGCUGAGCACCACGAACCAGCACAACGGAGAAGCUGGGAGACAGGCUGUCGAGAGGACGAUGUCCACAGACUGUCGCUGUCAUGGCGUCUCGGGCUCCUGUGCUGUGAAGACCUGCUGGAAGAUGAUGGCACCGUUCGGACGGGUCGGGGCAUACCUGAAGGAGCGUUACGAGCAGAGUGUACAGGUGUCAGGCAGCUCCAGGAGGAAGACGAGGAGAAAAGACAGGCACCACACUGUGGACAAACACCAGCUCAUUUACUUAAACAAGUCUCCUAACUACUGUGUGGAGGACCAGCAGCGGGGCAUCGCUGGCACUAGGGGGCGCCGGUGCAACCGGACGUCUACUGGACCGGACGGCUGCACCCUGCUGUGCUGCGGCAGAGGAUACAACACACACCUGGAGAGACACGUUCAGCGCUGCGAGUGCAAGUUCAUCUGGUGCUGCUACGUCCACUGCAGGCGCUGUGAGAGCAUGAACGACACGCACACCUGUAAGUGACUGCACACCUGGACAAACACCUGG